GUACGAAAAUUGGUUUGAAUCGCUUACAUCGCGGACUAUCCCCAGACUGACAAUUGAUCCACGAGAGCGAGAAAAAGUUUUCGCAUAUCUGCAGUACAUUAAGGUACUCUAUCGCUCACAGCAACUCUGCGCUCAUUUGCCAUGCGAUAUGGCUCAAAGUUACUUGCUUGAUGAACUUGACAAGUUACCUAAAAAUGAAGAAAUUAGUGCAAUUUUUGCCAGUUCCAAUUUGCGUAUGCGGCUUGAUGGACAACAAUACAGAAAUGCCCUUUACGAAAAAUUAUUGAAUGUAAUUCGGGACGAGUUUCAUAAUAAGCCUGAUGGUCGUGUGAUUGUAUUCGUACGAACUCGUGAGUUUGCAUGCCGUUUGAGUAGGGCGUUCGAUUCGGAUCAGGUUCUCAGCGGUUUGAAUGUCCGGACUAAAAUGAUUACGGGCCGAGGAAGGGCUAAAGAUUCAAGAUGCCUACUGUUGACACAUGAUAAGAAGCUGAAGGAACGUGAAGACCAGAAUAUCCUGCGAGAGAGGUUGAUGAAUAUGGCUCUGGAAGUGAUCGAUCGUCAAUCGAGCACGUGGUUUAAGCAAGAGAUAGCCAAAAAUGUCGCGCAAAUCAACGAAGAAAGAAUCAAGUCAAAGGCUUUGAUAAUGGAGCAAGAGCGGCAGAACGCAAAUAAGAUUUACACCCUCCGUUGCCGGUUCGUUUUGCUGUUGCCUGAGCAAAAUAAAAUGCCCACGAAAUUUUAA